AUGUACCGUUUCCAAUCCUCACGCGUACUUCGACGCGCAGCGUUCCCGCGACCCUCAGCUUUGACUACUCCCCGUUUCCUCUCCACGACACCUACCAAGUUCGCGGCAAAAGACUCGCAAGACAAAGACUCCGUCAACCCACGAUCAACCGAAACCUCAAAAUCCGGCUCCGACGAUGCCGCCGCGAGCUCAGACGCAGCAUUCAACCCAAAUAAAACGAGUCCUGAGUCAGCAGAGGCAACUGCUGAAAACGAAGCAGGUGGAAAGGAUAACUCGCUGAAUGUGAGCCCAGGCAAUCAGGAUGUGAGCCAACCCAACGACCCAAAGACCACUGGACGCGAAGGAGCCCCCGAUAAGAAGUCGAGCGGAGGGGGCAGCGCGCCGAAAAACGGUUGA